GUUAGUAAGAUUCCUUCACAAAACUACUUAUGGAAAUCAUUCGAGCUCCAUGGGAGUAAAAGGAACAGUUGGCUAUGCUCCUCCAGAGUAUGGUAUGGGACAUGAAGUCUGGACACAAGGUGAUGUGUAUAGUUACGGCAUCCUACUGUUGGAAAUGUUUACAGGAAAAAGGCCGACAGAUGACAUGUUUCAUGGAAGUUCAAACCUUCAUAACUUUGUCAAGGCAGCCUUACCUGAACAGGUGGUAGAGAUUGUGGAUCCCGUUCUUGUUCAGGAAAUAUUGGAAGGUGAAAUGAGCGCGAAAAAUCUUCCUAAUGAGGAUAGCGUUAGGAUUCGCAUCAAGUUUGAGAAAAUCUUGAUUUCAAUUUUAGAGAUUGGUGUUGCUUGUUCUGCAGAGUUUCCUGGUGAACGGUUGGACGUUAGUGAUGCUAUAGCUGAAAUGUGUCGCAUAAGGAACAAUCUUUAACAAAAUAGAAUGUUUGAAUAAAGCAUGUUAAAUGCCAUAGAAAUGUGCAAAUGUUGUAUGGGACAUGU